AUGGGCAGACUGAUCAAAAACCAUUGGGGCCGCUUGCUCAUCAUGGUUGCUUCGGCUUAUCAAGUCGCCAGCGCAAUCCAAGGCUUCAUCUGGCCCAAGAUCUUCUGGGAUUUUUUAUCCAAAAACCUGGACGCCGCCGUCAAUCCAAUACCCAUCCUCCAAAUACUCAAUUUAAUCAUGGGAUUAAUCGGUCUGGCCUGGGAAUGGCCGCUGAAACCACUGGCGGGCACAUUUCCGCAUCGGAGUAUCGAAAUUCGACUCAUCAUAUAUCCACUCAGCGCCUUACUUGCCGCGCUUCUCUAUCAAGGUACUGAUCCAGCGGGAUAUUAUCUCAUUGGCAUUGGUGUCUACUUCUGGGCAUACAGCGAGGGAGAAGUAGUAUGUCCGGAGCCUUGGACAUUACCCAAACGGUCCACGAUCCUCAAGGCAUAA